AUGGGACAUGGUGGUUACCAUUCUAACCGAGCAGAAUUUUUGUCAGACGAAGCCAUCUUGAAAUACAGUAGGAAUGGGGGAUGUUUCGUCACCACCAAAAAAGCUAUAGCGUUUGUAGUUUUUGCCCUAGCUUCUCUCCUAGUUGUGAUACUGUUGAUGUAUUUCUAUGGGCCCAAUAAUAUAGAAAGCGAGAAGAUAAUCAAAGAGACGAACGACAUAGAGAAAUUGAUCAAUGAAACCAUCAAUAAGGAGAAGACAGACGAGCCCUUACGACUCCCAAAAUCACUCAGUCCGCACUAUUACAAACUUUGGCUGCACCCAAUUCUCGACGAAGACAGCGAAACUAAUUUUACUUUUACAGGACGAGUGUUGAUAGAUGUUAAUUGUACAGAAAAUACGGAUACAAUUGUUCUGCAUUGGGAUGAUUUGAACAUAACUGAUUCUGAUAUUGAAGUCUACACCAUGAAACAAGUGGAAUUGAGUUCGGAUUCAUUGAAACUUGACCAGAAUGCUGGCCUUCAUAAUAUUUCCCAGAGGGACGUACCAUCAGAUCAGAAUGACACGAUUGCUAACACAUUGAAGACCACUUCGGAAAGUGCUCCAACAUUCUUCGACGAUGCUGAUAACACCACCUCUACUGAUGAAACAGCUACAGAGGAAUCACCAUCAGAAACACCCCAGAUUCGUGAAUCGUCAACUGAAAAAAUAGUAAUAGAAACUAAACGAGCUACUUUAGGAAUCAACAGCAUCAUAAGAGACGAUAAAAAUACAAAAUUGAAACUUAAGAUGGCUGAGUUUUUACAAUCUGGAAGACAGUAUUUCAUCGACAUUAAAUUUUCUGGACAAAUCUUGCAAAAUCUGAUAGGACUUUAUAAAACUAGUUACAAGGACAUGUUUGGGAACAGAAAAUGGUUAGCAACAACUCACUUUCAACCAGUUUAUGCAAGAAGAGUUUUUCCCUGCUUCGACGAACCGAAUUUCAAGGCACAAUUCGAAAUUAUUGUCGCAAGACGGACUAAUUUAACGGUUCUAUCAAAUAUGCCAUUGAGAGAAUCAGAGCCUAUGAACGGCACUGCCGAUUGGGUGUGGGACCACUUUGAAACCACCCCGCCCAUGUCUACGUACAUCGUCGCUUUCACCAUCGGUGACCUGAAGAGCGUCUCCUCCAACAGCUCGGCCGCAGGGCCGCUGAUCCAGGUGUGGGCGCCCGAGAGCGACCUGCCGCAGGCCGAGUACGCGCUGCAGGUGGCGCAGGAGGUGCUGCCCUUCAUGGAGGAGUACUUCGACGUGAAGUACCCGCUGCCGAAGCUGGAUAUGGUGGCCGUGCCAAAUUUCGGGAAGGCUGCCAUGGAGAACUGGGGCAUCAUUUCCUUCAGGAAAUCUUCGAUUCUCUUCGACCCCAAUUCGAGGAGUAUCAAGACAAGGAGUUUCAUUCUAGCUACGAUAGCGCAUGAAAUCGCCCACCAAUGGUUCGGCAACUUGGUUACGAUGGAAUGGUGGUCGGAUUUGUGGCUGUAUGAAGGUUUCGGCACGUUCAUGGCUGAAGUUGCCAUCACAAGUUUGAGACCAAAGUGGCACGCCUACAGUAGCGUCAAAAUCCGGGACACAUACAACACCUUGUAUUUUGACAGUCUGAAGUCGACACGCAGUAUUCAAUCCGAGGUUACGAAUAAUGCACAGAUCGAGCAAAUCUUCGACAGCAUCAUUUACCAGAAGGGCAGCAGCAUCCUCAAAAUGUUGAAUUCCACUGUGUCUCAAGAAGUCUUCAGGAAAGGGCUAACACAUUUUUUGAAAAAAUAUGCCUAUCAAGCCACCAAACAGGAUGAUUUGUGGUCCCUGUACACCGUGAGGGCCCAAAAUGCGAGCAUCAUCCCAAACACUCUAACAGUUGGAGCUCUAAUGAACUCUUGGUCUACUCAAAGUGGAUAUCCUUACGUCACCAUCUCGAGGAACUAUACAUCCGGUUCGGCCGUCCUCAAUCAGACGAAAAUGACUGAAGACACCAACGUUACUUCCGAAACGUUGUGGUACAUCCCCAUAACGUAUACCACGAAGGAUGACAGUGAUACGGUGAAGGGGAUUUGGUUGGAAAAUAUCAGAGAGAAGACCCUGGACUUGAGCGGUAUCGCAAAUGACUCGUGGGUUUUACUCAACAUCGAUGAAACAGGUUUCUACAGAGUGAACUAUGACAGGCGAAAUUGGAACCUUCUCGUUUACCAACUACGACGAAGUCCUGGUGCAAUCCCGGUGGCUAACAGAGGACAGCUUAUAGAUGACGCCUUCCAGCUAGCUGAGGCCAGUAUCAUCAACUAUACAAUCGCGUUCGACCUGGUCAAGUACCUCUAUAUCACGGAACCAAACUAUAUUCCAUGGUACAGUGCGCUUAGGAACAUGGAAGAACUCAGAGUCAUCAUCAGUAAUUACGAAUACUCGGGAUUGUACGACAAUUUCUUGUUGAGAUUGGUCAAGCCUAUGUUCAAUGAAUUGGGAACCGACGAGAAAGUACAUGAUACUCAGAAUGAGAAGUUGCUGAGAUUACAUAUCGUGACAACUGCUUGCAAACUGAGAUACGGAAAAUGUAUAUCAUGGGCAAGGAAUAAGUAUUAUGAAUGGAUGCAACAACCUGAUCCGGACUUUAUCAAUCCAAUUCCUGUGGACUAUAGAUACAUAGCCCAGUGUUCAGCUAUAAAAUCAGGAGGUCCCCUGGAGUGGGACUUCUUGUGGAACAGAACUUUGUCACCUCACAUUGCACCAAUUGACUUACAAACGGCUUAUCUCAGUCUGGGUUGUUCUUAUGACCCCUGGCUAAUAAACAGGUACCUAGAAUACUCCUUGGUUGGCAACAUAAGUCUAGAGUACGUCCCUUACGUGUGGCAGUCCAUCAGUCAUUCGGUUGGUGUUAGGACUGGUUUCCAGUUUCUGAGACUCAACUGGGACCGAAUUUUCAAAGCCUACGAGGAAGUGUAUCUAGUAUUCAGCACAAUUUUCCAUGAUUUUGUCAGUCAACUUUCCACUGAAGUUGAUCUGGAAGAUUUGACUACGUUUUAUAAACUCCACAAGGAAGAUCUGAAUGAAAUUGCACCAGUUUUACAAGGUACUGUGGAUAGGAUGAAACUCCGAAUCAGUUGGAAGACCAAACAUCUGGAUUCCGUAGUUGAAUGGCUGAAAAGGAACAACCACUAA